AGGAAUGACAUCAUGUAAUUUAGUUGGCUUGGAAGGUUUACGCACCAAACCCCAAAUCAUCAUUGCUCGCCUCAGCAUCAACCGUAAAGCCCCAAUCGGAAAAGCAGGCCUGGCGCUGAUGAUUAGGCGAAUCAUCUUGGCAUUCACGUGCUGCCACCACACGGGAAGAAGGUAUGAUGGAUGGAUGGAUGGAUGGAAGGAGUUGUGAAGCGACCACAUUAUCGACGAAGGAACUGAUUCCGCUCAUGCGACAGCCGACGACAUCGGUUGCCGCUUCGCCUCCGUCGACACAGCGAGUGUAGCUCGUGACACACCAAACCAUGGCCGAUGUUAGAACUGUCGCAGGUCAUUCCUGCCGUUGGCUCAAAGUUGCAGGACACAUCGGUCACGCUUACUAGCAUGACCUCACCAGAAAGUGCUACCAUCACAUGGGCGUAAGCCAGAUUGCAUCGCUCCAGCAAAGCGAACGGUGGCCCACUUUUGUUGUCUCUGCCGCGAUAGGGUUCGAGUCUCGAACCAAUUCAAUCGACUGUCCGCCUCGCCGGUCCCAUUGCUCGGUCGUCGAUCCCUCCUCACGCCUCAGACUGCGAGACCACGGAGGUUCUCUCCUCCUGAUGGAGACAGGUGAGCCACGCCCUCGAGUACUUGCACAUGCGCCGAUGCGCGACGGUAACCGAGAUGGCAAUCGCUGGGCUAAUUCGGCAUCGCUGCUGCGGAUGGGUUGCCGUGGCCAUGAUGGAGGAGCUUCGAUGCAGGGAAAGCCUCUGUACUGAGCUUAGACAUCAGGUAGUGCGGCCUGCCACAGCAGCACCAAAGCUGCAACCCCCUCUCCCUUUCGGCUCAUGUGUUUUUCCUCCUCCCCAUCGAUGACUCGGACAACUACAGGGAUCAGACAUUAGCAUGCCACCAAACCCGCAAGUAGCGGGUCAAUGGCGUGGAGCACCACCAGGGGAUCUCGACCACGCCCUUCCGUCCAUCAUGUCGCCUUCUGACCCAGUCAAAUCUACCAAAGGAUGAGUAUUUUCCUUCUUUCCAAAUACGAUUCAACCGCCGCUGCACCUAUUUGGAGGGAGGAAGGACAAGUGGGCUGCCCAUCCACCGCUCGAGCUUCCGUGGAGCUGCUUCCUCUAAAACCUCAGUCAGGACCAGCGUCUUCGCCUUCCAACGACAUGCCGGCUUGUACGCCCGCUGCUGCGUUGGUGCGCGUCCGUCACACCACCCCCACCCCAUCUUUGCAUCAAAUAAAGAAGAAGACAAGUGGCAGAUACUUGCUGGCUCCACGCGCCCCGCAAACACUCGUCUUCUACCUCAGCUUUUCGGCACGGAAUCGACCCCCCCAAAGGGAGAGGUGAUUUCUUAUCGAGAACGCAUUGGAGCCCAAAUUUAUGAUAUCUGCCCCCAUGUGACUGUUUGCUUGGGAUAUGCUGUUGCCUCGGAUACCGUGGCACACGAAAGAUGAGAUCUUCGUAAAGGACGGCAGUGUUUGCCAUCUGAGGUGGAGCGGGCGACGCAUUAAGAAAAAGAGUCGAGAUGAGCAGGUCGUCCUGCACAGAGUUAAUGCCAUCCCGGGAGCAUGGCUAUUAAACUAUGAAGCAGCCCGACGCAGCCUCCAUUAUGCUCUGAUAUCGCCUUCUCACGCGCAGUGCUCGUGGGCAGUCCGGCUCGAUCGCUAUAGCAUCUGACAUCACUCGACCACGGAGAGCAGGGCACGGCCUAUAUAUGCCACCGCAGUAGUUGCCGCAGUCCACCAGGACGAGGAGGAGGAGGAGGGAUACGAUGAACAAGAUGGCGAUGCGAAAGGGACCGUGGACGGAGCAGGAGGACCUGCAACUGGUAUGCUUUGUGGGGUUAUUCGGUGACCGUCGUUGGGAUUCCAUAGCCAAAGUCUCAGGUCUCAACAGAACCGGGAAGAGCUGCAGGCUGCGCUGGGUCAACUACCUCCACCCCGGCCUCAAACGCGGCCGCAUGACCCCCCAGGAAGAGCGCCUCAUCCUCGAGCUCCACGCUCACUGGGGCAACAGGUGGUCUCGCAUCGCCCGUAAGCUCCCGGGCCGCACCGACAACGAGAUCAAGAACUACUGGAGAACCCACAUGAGAAAGAAUGCUCAGGAACGAAAGAGGAAGGCGUCUCCGUCGUCGUCUUCGUCUUCCUCCUGGUCGCUCACCGAUAACUCCGCCGCCCCGGGUAAACCGCCGUCGGAAGACGCGCCGGGGGGCGGUCAAGAGCUUAACUGCAGCGGCACGACGACGGCGCUCGGAGGGAUUGGAGACGACGACGAUGCUCUCAAUGGCUGCUACUCCAUGGACGAGAUCUGGGAUGAGAUCAGCGAGCUGAGCUUUCAGGAACGCGAGAACGAACGCGUCUCGUGCCCCCCGAUGCCUUCUCCCGUCUGGGAACACUUCUCCUACUCCCUGUGGAAGAUGGACGACGAGGACUUGGGCUUCCAAGCUCCCUGAUCGAAUCCGCCGGGCCGAGUUCUCCUCGCAUCCAUGUCCAUGGACGCGAAGUGCUUCUGAAGGCAACCUCUGUCAGCAUGCAGCAUUUCUCUUCUAUGUUGGGCUGUGAUACAAAAGUUGAUGUUGUUGUGAGGCUCACUGUAAAAAUUCCUACUUGUUUGUCUCUAGAGAUCUGUAAACAGAGUUCUAAUCGGUUUGACUUCUUCUUCC